ACCUUCGGCCGCUCCCAACGACCCACGCUCCAACCCCUCGCGCGCUCCCGUAUCCCAAGUUGAACCUAACCUCAAAGCUUCGCCUUCCACGUGCUCGGUCGGGCACCGCGUGGUAGUUCCCCGCUUAAAUGCCCUUCGAAUUCCGGAUCUCGUUCGACCUCGUCUCUUGCGGCACGUGAUCCUUCGUCUUGGCCUUCCCGCUCUCGAAACUGACCACCACGUGGGACUCCCGAAUGAUGGAGGAGAAAUCCCGAGUUUGGUUCCAACUCCGCGUCCGAACGAGGAAAACCGCCAUCGCUUCCUUGUCGAAUACAUGACUCGGAGACUCCGAGGGGUUGAAAAUCCCGACCGCCCCGCAGAGAACGACCCCUUGCUCAAGGUGACACCGGUGGUGCGAGGAGGGACGCUACGCGACUCAUCCCAAAAUGAAGGGGGUGAACGAUGUCUAGUGUUAGGUGUGGUUUGUCGUUGGAUGUUAGAGAUGGGAACAAUGUCUCUACACCCAUCGUCAAAAUCGAUCAUCCAUAUACAGAUUCAAUGAUGAUGACUCAUCAGACACCCUCUCCAUACCACUUACUGGACCAUGAAUAUGGGCAAACUCCUCAGAGUCAAAUCAUGCAACGACCAUUAACCGCUCCACCCCGUACUUUAAAUGUAAAAAGGAGACUAAAUUUAGAAUCGGAAAACGGUGAUGAAGAAUUUAAAGCUCCCAGGUCGAAAAGGCCUCGGUCCAACUCUACCUCUAGCAAUCCUAGUCCUGCCAAAAAAGGUCGAGCAAAAGAUGGACCCACUCGAUAUGAUACAUCUUUAGGUCUUUUAACGAAGAAAUUUAUUGGAUUGCUCCAAAGUUCACCUCAGGGUGUAGUAGAUCUCAAUGUGGCUUCUGAGUGCCUUGAUGUUCAAAAGAGAAGAAUCUAUGACAUAACAAAUGUUUUAGAAGGCAUCGGAAUCUUAGAAAAAAAAUCAAAAAAUAAUAUUCAGUGGAAGGGUGGACAGGUCUCAGGAGACUCUUACAGUUUUCUCCAAAAGGAUAUAGAUGCAUUAGAUGCAAAAGAAAGAGAACUGGACGAACUCAUUAAAAAUGCAGAGUGCCAGCUACGUCAAAUGAACGAGAACAAAAGGUAUGCGUAUAUUACGUAUCAAGACAUCCAUGCCAUACCCGAAAAUCAAUCUCAGACUGUCAUGGUUGUUAAAGCUCCUCCAGAUGCUCACCUAGAAGUGCCUCAGCCUACGAAUCCUAAAGCUCUUCAAAUGUACAUGAAAAGUAGUACCAAGGAGAUUGAAGUCUUCCUGUGUCCAGAUCCUGUCACAGAAACGCCAACAAAAAGUGUCACACCACCCACCAGACAUCAAUUGUCUGCUGUAUCAUCGUCGCAGCAACAGCAAAAGCAGCAGCAAUACCAGCACCAGCAGCCUUCAUCAACCUCACAACUAUCUCAGCAGCAGCGAUCACAGCAGUCUAACGUAUCUCAAGAACCAUCUACAUCCUCAUCUGUAAACUCUAGAGUCUCUGAUCUCCUACCUCCUACUCUAGAUAUCACCCAAUUGCACAAUAUGUUAAUCAAAACCGAAGCGAAAGAUGUUGACGCCUCGCCAGCAGUUUCCAGGUUGCGUAAUGCUCUCAUAUCAGAGGCUGAUGAUUUCUACAAUUCUCAGCUGCAAACAGAAGACCAACACAGUUCAGAAGGAGAAGUCUUUGAUAUGACUGGACCGGUAACAAAUCUGAAUGGAGAACCUUUCCUACCGUUCGAGCCUCCUCUCUCCGAGUCUGAUUAUGCUUUCAGCCUGGACAACGGUGAAGGUCUGGGAGAUCUUUUUGGGUUUGCUUUCUAGUUCAAACGCUAAAAAUUGGCCCAUAUAUCAGACCAAACUCAGGAGCAUUGUGCGUAGUUAUAUAGAUAUUCUCAUCUUUUUUUUCUGUCUUUUCUUUCACUAUCAAAUCAUAUUUUAAUCGAUUAGUUCUUCAUCAGCAGGUGAUUUAUUAAUCGUAGCUAGCUCAUUUCCUUGUGUUGUCGUCAAUUUUUUUUCCUUUUUUUUUGUUGUGGAUAAUUUGUAUUCUUAAAAUGUUUAAGAAAAAUAUGUAUAGACUGAAAAUGAAGAAUUUUGUGGUUGUCCACAAAUACUUUUAACGUUAAAUUAUGACUGUACAUAUGUAAAUUUCACCAUGUACUUUUAAAUACGUUCUUCUCAACACAUUAUUCUGUAUAAUUUGUAUAAAGAUAAAGUAUUUAUUUGAUCAGUCAACAAAAGAAAGAACUAAGUUUUUGAUUUUCUGCUUCAUGGUGUAAAACUUAUUAUUUUACCCAGUUUUCUCAGUCGAUGAUUUGAGCAAAAUUUUGCUGACCUCGGCUCAUCAUGAAGUAUCCAAAUUUUAAAUAAAAAAUUCCAAGAUUUUACAUCUUAACCGUGAUGUAAUCUUGCUUUAGUCAAAUUUAUCAAACUGUAUUAACAUUUUAGUCAAAAAAUUUAUUUUUUACUUUUUAACCAAAACUGGCUAUCAAACUUUCUAUACCUUCUCUGGCUUUGUCACAGAAUAUCAACAUCACCAUUUUAUCCUUGACUUCUAUCACGCCAAAUCCCAAGUUCUCUCUUUUUCAAUAUACUUUACUUAAAAGAAAAAUAGUGCAUUAUUUAUUCAGAAGAUAAUACAGUGUAAUCUGAAAGUCCUGCACCAUUCAGAUAACUUUUUUGCCGAUGUAGCUAUCAAGUUGUUCCUGUGAUGUAUCACAAUGUAGGGGCUGUCAUUUAAGAAACGUGAUUUAAGAUCUAUGCCCCCCCCCCCAGGGGGCUUUUUGAGAAGAGCCGAAAAGUAGCUCCUUAUGGUCCGAAUACACUCAUUAAGUCUCAACUCAGUAGUUUCGUCAGCAAAAAGGUUAUCAGGGUGGUGCAAAACUUAUGUUUCACAUUGAAUAAGUUACUUCUGAACCACAAAAGAAAUGCUGGAAUUUUUUUUAGGAAUUUCAGUUGUUCCUAUUGAUGAGAAUAUUGGUACCUUAAAUAAGAGGAUAAUAAUAGGCGCAGCUCUUUGUAAACCGGCAAGGAAGAGAGAAGAUCUGGUAAUUUCCAAUCCAUCCAUGUGAUGACAUAAUUUAGUAGUCUUGUGGCUAAAUUGGAAUUUUUUGAGAGGACAAUGAAUGGACAUUAUAGCUUAGAUUUUUUACGAAAAAAUCCUCAAAUUUUGCAUAAUUAUCAAAGGGAAUUUUAAAUCAUAAUGUUGACACGUUUUCCAAUUCCAAAAUAAAAAGUGUGCAGCAAUUUUAAAGAUGCAAUUGAAAAAUUCUUUUUAAGAGCUAAGCCAUCGCAUUUUAUUUUAAGUCGCUACCUCAAAAUGUUUCAGUAUCAUAAAGUGUCUAGUUGCUAUCCCUAGAAUGUUGAAGAAUAUAUACUAGUCAUGAUUGUAUCGAGGCUUACUUUGAUUGCCUUAUGUCAUCCACAAACAAUCCAUUAUCGUCCAACCCAACUUUAAUGACAAAAACGUUCUGUGAAUUUUAAAUUAUUUAGUGUGAUUAACUGUCAUUACUUAGUCUUGAACCAGUUUAAAGUAAGACUCUGAUUUUUGAAUCAAUUGCAUUCUUAAUCAAUUUUAAUGCUUUUCCGUAUUCCAAAUAUAAUGAUCGCACUACCCUCAAGAAUUUUAGCACAGGAGCACAAAGGUGCAGUGACGAAAAAUAGUUAGAUUCACAAGUCAACAAAGUUUAAGACAUUGAUGCAUCUUACUUUAAUUUAUUCAUCAACUAAGCGUAACUGAAAGUCUUAUGACUUCUUAAAAUCUGACGAGUGUUCAGCAAAUGAAAAACUAGAAUUUUGCAACUUAUUUGAAAACUAUUCAAGUGUUUUAUUACACUAGUAGCAUUCAUGGCUACAGAGGGUUUCUCAUGUCUUCUUUAUUAAUUUGUAUUACAUACAAAUCACUCAAAUUAUUCUUCAACAUUCUUAGGGAACCUAAUGUAAGGAGAGUAGCAAUAUAGGCCAAAUAGGCAAAUAUUGGGAACCCUUCCUCCUUAUUUAAAUUUUCACCUCCCCUAAAUCCGGCAAUUCUUGCAGGCAUUUAAAUUUAAAUCUGCAUAUUUCUUGGAACUAAUGAUCUUUUGGCAGAUGCUGGACAUUACUAAUGAAGGAAAGUUGCUGAAAUGUGAAAUUGAGGAUAGGUUUCUUUAGGAAACGCUCGUUCAUUAUUAUGCUGAGAUUUUUUAUCAAUCGCAUUCUUCAAUCAGAAUGAAACCAACUUUGAAAUUUUCGUCAUAAGCUCUUAAAUUAUUUAUAUCAAAAGAUCACUGGUUGGAGAUGUUUGGAGGGUAAUGUUGAUGCAAACUUUAUUAUACUUUGGACCAUGCACUUUCAAAUUUUAAUACAUAUCUGCAAGAAUUGCCAGCAACCCAGUUUGGAAACUUGUGAAUUACAUGUAGAAUUUAAAGUCAUGUAGACGUGAUUAAACUGGACUAGACACUAUUUUCAAACAGUCCUAAGCAUUGUACCGAAUUUAUGGAUUUUAAUCUCUAUUUUCCAACAGAAUCCUCUUGCCAAUUUUCAGGCCAGCUUAAAAAUGUCGCUCAUCAACAUCUCUUGUGAAUUCACCAUCAAAUGUUGGCAAUAUGUAGACUUUCUAAAAUGAGGUAUAUUGGUAAAAAGAGGAUGGCUCUGCUUUGUAAUCCUCUCCUUACUUUUUAACGUAUCCGUAUUAAGUCUAAUGACUUAGCAUCUAAAUAUUUAUAAAUUGGUAUGAAGACAUUACUUGUCAGCUGCCUUUUAGAUCAUCUGUCAAGAGGUACAGUACCUCACAUUUUCUGCCUCCCCUAGUUGUAAAUCCAUCUGUGGAACAGAAUUAUUUGGCACUAUAAUAAUCUUCUUUUUAAAGGGUAAAAGUGGACUUUGAAAUAGAGAUGUAAUAUUGCACCAAAUUAUACUAUUUUAGUAUUUCUUUCUUAUUUCAGGCGUAGUGUUUAAAUUUAUCUUUAUAUCCUCUGUACCUGACACUUAUUUGUAUCCAAAGAGCAAAAAGAAAAAAAAAUAAAUGUGUGCAUAUAUUAUGAUUAACCUGUUUGUAAAAAGUAUUUAAUUAAUUUACAGCUCUUAAGUUUUCAUCAAAAAUUCAUUUCUUCAAUGCACUGAAAUAAGAAUGUUCGUCAGAAAAACGAUCAUUCUUUGUUCCGCCUUAGCUUUUUUUUAAGUUUUCUUUGAAAUGUACAGGCUUUUUUUGAGUAAUUCAUUUUCUUCUCUUUAGCAUGCUAGAUAUAUCUGCAUACUCAAAUUUUAUUUCACCUGACCCAUCAAACUUACUCGACAGACUGGUUGACCCUUUACAAAUGAUUAAUUAUUUACAGUUUUCAGAUGACAUGAUACUUUUUUCCAUUGACUGCUGCGUGUCUUAUUUUUGAAAAAGUAUGUGCUCAAUCAAUGCGAUAUGAUGUAUCAGAGGAAAAUUUACAUCUUAAUUAGGAGGAUUGAGCUUGUAGAUUGACGCACCCAAUGUAAAAUCAAACAUCAAAAUACAGUGUUUAGGAGUAAAUCAAAAGUAACUAAUCUCUCUAUUACGUGGCUUGUUUUUGACAACCGUUAGUACCCAUUGCUUAAAAAUUCUAACUGAAAUAAUAUUCAUCCAGUAAAAAUCCUAUCACUGAAAAUAUUUUAACCUCAGCAACUAAUUCUCCUUGAAAUGAGACCUGGAAUUUCAUUUUUCUCUUGGUCUUUUUUUUGUCUUGUAAAAUGAGUGCUUCUCUGACUUCGAAUUUUGGAAUUUUAUGGAGGGUGGGGGAAGUAAGGCCUUCAUGCUCUCAACCACUAAUUAAGUAAUGAUGGGCCUGCAAAUCUCUACUCUCCUCUUUUGGAAUUUUUUUAUUUAACGUUAAAGUAUCUUGAUCCCUCUCCUGCUUCUCAGGCAAAUAAACCGUUCCAAAACAGUAAUGCAGUUCUGGGUUUUGGAUUCAUCUUAAAGAUUCACACUCCCCCCUCCUCGACUGUUUUUCUCCCUUGAAUUGAACUACUUUUUAGUGUAGAAUCUCUUACCUUUACCUGUCAGUCUUUACUUUUGCCCUCGUAAGCAUCAAGUCCUUGAUUUGCGUAGAUCAAAGGCCAGAUAGUUGAUGUUACAUGUACCAUCAAAAAUGGAAAAUUUGACUCGUCAAAAAAUGAGUGAACCUUCAUUGUGAAUUUCUUGCGAAAUUUUUCCAUGCCAUAAUUUUAGCUCUCCCUCAAAAAAUGAAAACUUCUGCUAAAUCAUGACCAGUCCUUGAAAGUGACUUCAAUUUCUUAGUUACCUUUCUUAAAUUUUUGAACCUGAGUGCAAUUUCAACACAGAGUUGAUGAAAAUAUCUUGUAAAUAAUUAUUUUGACUUUUAUUGAAGCAUUCAAAUUGUAUUGAUUUUUGAUAGAUCGAUUCUAGAAACAUGUUAAAGGGCUCUCACUCCAGAUUUUAGCCCAAGAUGGGUCUCAAAAUAACUACAUCUUGCAAACUUACAAACUAAAGCGAAGAAAAGAGGAACAUUGAGGUGUUCAUUUCAAUGAAUCUCAAUUUACUCUGUGCUAGUUAAUUUUCAGGUUGAGCCGCAGAUUAUAAAUGAUUCAGUUUCAUCCAUUUCUUGGUCUUCUCAUAGUCUCUUUUGGUUUAACUACCCAUCUAAAACUUCCCUUUUUAUAUAUAUUUAAAGGAAUAAAGAUAUAAAGAAGGACUUGCCCUGCAGGAUGAACCAUCGGUAAAAUUUUUCUCCUCAAGUCCAAGGGAAAGAUGUUGUCAUAUCUUGAAGUUAAGGUUGAGUGUAGAUGAUCCAUAUCUUGUGAAAUUUGUCCAAAAUUCAUACAUAUAAUGGAGUUUAAUGCAACAAUAUUCAAAAUCCACUCAAUAAUUAUGUGGCCAUGGAGCAUGGAGUUCACAUAGUUGUAGUAAUAAUUGUGAGAGCCAUAGUCAAUAUUUAAUUAGUGAGUCUGUAGACUUCCGCGCAAGGGCUGGUGGCUAUUCAGUGUGAAACUAAAGAUGAGUGCGACUGUGGACCACCUGUGACAAUGGAUUACUAGAUAAGGUGCUACUUCAAGCAAUAUAAUGUAUGUUCUCUCAUCAAAAUUUCAUGUAGAACAUGAUUCGAGUAGCAAAAAUUGUUGAAAGUAACUCUUAACCAAUAUAUCAACGUUUUCUGAUGCAUAAUUUUUAACUUCCGGCACAUUCAUCAGAAUGCCUAAAUUUGUGCCUUGUCUAUUGGUUCAUUGAUUAUCAACUGUGGUCCUCACCAGUCGGCCCUCGAUAGUCUCAAGAUUCUAUAGUUAAUAUAGAAUAUCUGUUCGCUUACUUGAUCAUAAUUUUUAUGUUCUUUGUAAUGUUUUUCUUCUCACUUGCUACUAAUUUUAUGGAAAAUCCUCUCUUGAUCAAGAGCAAUAUUUCCUCCUCAGCAAGUAUUUUGCUGUAUUUAUAAAGUAGCAUUUUAAGAAUGAACUCAUGAACAAAACAAGAGUGAGCGUGGAAUGUACAUCCUACCAUUUCAGAGUGUAACCUUGAUUUUACAAAAAUACUGCCUUUAAUGAUGUAAUAACUUAAUUUUAUCCCAGGACGAGCGUGACUGAACGCCCAGGACUGAAAUCUGCACAUGGGUCAUUACUCUUUCGUUAUUAGCUUACAUGUAAGAUCAGUCCCUUAUUCAUCGCUCUCCUGACAUAGGGGCGUAACUACGUUCAGCAAUGAACCCUGUUGUCCAUACAAUUCAAUGCUUUUCCGGGCUCAUCUCAAUGUGCAGUUAUGCCUUUAUGUCAGUCAAGGGACGAAUUAAAUGUGCUGUUGCUGAAGUCUAAACUUACAAAAUGCUAUGAUACCAAACUUUAUAAAUUCAUCAGGAUUUGAUUCAACUCUUGAGACUUACGACUUUGAUUUAGAUGUACUGCUCAUCAAUUCUAAUCAUAUUGGUGUUUUGAGUGUUGAACUUUUUUUCCUACAGUUUCAAUUCAUGUAUAAUUUGUCAAGUAGUUUUUACUUAAUUGUUCUGACGCUAUUGGUUUUUCUCAGACUCCUAUGUCCGUACUAUGCCAGUUCUUCAUUUCUGGCCAUUCAUUAUUGCAGUAAGUGCAUUAAAAAAGUUAAAUCAGAAAUCACUAUUACUUUAUUCUGAUUAAAAUGACUCCAGUUUUUCUGUAAAAUGUUUUAACUUUAUGGUUUCUCUAAGCCGAAAAAAUUUACCAAAUUACAUAAGUUUAAAAUUCA